GCGGAGGCCGCCCCGACGCCUGCGCACUGUGGCCCGAGCGCCAGCAGCGGCUCCCCGCUCGGGACCGAAGAUGGCGGACCGUGUCAGCGUCGGUGGCAGCACAUCCUUGAAGGGUUUGCGGCGACGGAUGGUUGCUGCAGUUGAAGUAAUUGCUGAGGAGAGGAGAAAUCAAAGUGGGACUACCCCUGUUGUGUCCCCGUCUUCAAAUAUAAGAUCGUCAUUUAAACCAGUAAUAGAUGGAUCUGUGCUUAAAAAUGAUGUAAAACAACAAUUAGCAAAGGAACGCCGAGAAGAAAAAAAGAAACAACAAGAUGCCACUAAAGAAAUGCAGCUGUUGGAAAAAGAGAGAAAAACAAAGAUGCAGUGUGAAAAACAGAUGGAAGAAAGACAGAGAAAGUUGAGAGCUCAAAAAGAGAAAGAUGAGCAACGCAGGAUAUCUGCAGAAAAAAGAAGAAAACAGAAAUUAGAAGAAGAAACGGAAAAAUAUAAAGCUGUUCUUUGUCGUACUUUGGAACGGAGCAACAGAGUGGAUCAUCGGCAAAAAAGAUGGUCAUGGGAAGGCUCUGCAAACAUGACUAAUGACUGUAAAUAUGAAAAAAAGGAAAAGAAGAGCUCAUCUUUAAAUAGAAGAGAGAGCAAACUACAUUCAUCUACUAAUAUAGGACAAGUGGAAGAAAAGCCAGAUGCUCAUCACUCGGUUACAAAUUUUCCAGAGAAUAAUUUAAUCAGUCGCCUGCUCAUCCCAACAAAAGCCUCACUGGCCAGAAGUAAAAGUGCUAUUGCUCUUUCAGUUCCUGGAAAAGAUAUUCCAGGCAUCACUCAUAUAAUGCAGUAUGUAAAGAAGCCCUUGCGUAGCCAUAGUAGUGAUAAACUGGAGACUAACAUGCUUCCCGAGUCAAUAGCGGGAGUACUUCCUCAGACAAACUUAGAAGUGACUCCGCACAAAAAAGUAGAAAUAUUCCUCAAGAUGAGUGUGGAAGCACCUGCCAAGGCGAGUGUGGAAGCUUCCUCCAUGGUGAGCGGGGAAGCAUCCUCCGAGGUGAGCGCGGAAAUGGACCCCAAGGUGAGCGUAGAAAUAUCCUCCCAGGGAAGUAUGCAUACACCUCCUGAAGUAAGCGUGGAAACAUUUUCCAAAUUGACCAUGGAAGUAUCCCCCAAGGAGACUGUGGAAGUGCCCCUUGGGGCAAUUUUGGAAGUGCCCCCCAAGGUGACUGUGGAAGAGACCCCCACGGACAGUGUGGAAGUACCUGAGGCAGUUGUGGAAGUGCUCCCUGAGGUGAGCAAGAAAACAUCCCCAGAGGUGAACGUGGAUGUGUCCCCUGUGGUGAACACUGACACAUCCCCCGAUGUGUCCCUUGUGGUGAGCACUGACACAUCCGCCGAUGUGUCCCCUGUGGUGAGCAGUGACACAUCCCUCGAUGUGUCCCCUGUGGUGAGCACUGACACAUCCCCGGAGGUGAGCAUGGAAGUGAUCCCUGAAGAUAAUAUGGAAGCAUCCCUUGAGGAGAGUGGGGAAGCACCUCUCAUGGCCGAAAUGAAAGACUCUCCACAGACAUCAGAAGUGGACCAACAGGCCUCAAACCCUGUUACCAAGAAGCGCCCAUCGUCACACAUACCAUGUUAUAAGUGGUCAUUGGGACAUGCAAGAAGGUGGCAUUCAUCUUCUCCCAUCAACACUAACAGACAAACUCAAAAGAACCGUCUCUGGUCAUCUUCAUCAGUCAUAUCAAAACAAUCAGCACAGUAUUCACUUUCUUAUAGAGUAAUACCUGUUCAGUGUAGCCCGUUUGUACAGAAUCCAUUAGGUACUGUCAACAAGAAAAGAGAAACAGUUUCUGAAACCACUAACAAAUGUGAGGAUGGGAGCCAAAGGCAAAUGAUCUGUGAAGAUCCCGGUAAUAAAAACACACCUGGGACUAUGAGUGCCGAGGAGGCAACAAAAAUUUUGGCAGAAAGACGCCGCCUUGUUCGUGAACAAAGAGAAAAAGAUGAAAGACUACAGGAAGAGAUGGAAACAAGUUUCAUCGAGAAAGUGAAAAAUAUGGCAACAAUUGAAAGCCAAGUAGAAGAGUUCUUGAAAUUUGAAGAUGGGCAGCAACAAAAUGAGAUGAGAAUGAAUAAAGGAUGUAAGGAUCACGAUGACGAGGAUGUACUACUUCAGAAAGAGGAUGCCAAGCUGAAAGCUCAAGAGGAAGCUGAUAAACGCAAGAAGGAGCGCGAGAGGAUUAUGUUACAAAAUUUACAAGAAAGAUUAGAAAGAAAGAAGAGAAUUGAAGAAAUAAUGAAACGGACCAGAAAGACUGAUGUGAUUGCCUUAAAGGCUACAGAAAUAUCCGGCAAUGACACAUAUGAAGAGGAUGAGGCCGAUGACGAAAACGAGACAGAAACUGAUGAGGACUCCUUUGAAAUAUUUCCUCCAGUCAUGCUAAAUGACAGAGAUUCAUCUACCAAACCCAAAAUGACUCUUAAAUAUGCAAAGAAAAUGCCUAAGCUAGUAUUUUUAACAGCCGCUACUGACCGUAACAAAACAAAGACAUACUUUACCGCUACUGACCGUAACAAAACAAAGACAUACUUUAAUUGUGGUGUGAAAAACUUCAGAAAAGAAAACAUGAAAGACCCAUCUACUGAGGCAAAAGCCUCAAGAUCAUCCACCAAAAGAAAGACCACUCGAAAAGCAAAAACCGGAAAGAAAAACGAAACCAAUAACACCAUGAAACCUUCCAAGAGUCUGAAUCUAAAGCAAGAGUGGAUCCUUGAAAUUACUGAUGUCGUAAGUCACCCAGAAACAUCUGUCACAGGUAUUCCUCCUGAAAGCCACCAACCCAAUCUGAAGGAAUCCAUCCCAUCUUGCCAAAGUCCCCAAACACCUCAAGAUGAGAAGAUAGGCAGCAAACCUGUUUCUGCUCAUUCAGAUAUAUAAACCGCAUGCAGCCUGGGAGAUGUAUCCUCCUACUUUGUAGAGCUCAACUCCCAGGCGCAUCUCUAAUAAUUUAUCUGCUUCUGACUUUCACCGGGCAGAGGAAAUGACCAUCAGAAAAAAAGGAAAACAUCAGAAUGCCACUUUGAUAUGUAUCUCAGAAGAUUUUCCUAUCAUCUUUUCCUAUUGUGUCCAAACAAGAGUUCUGAGUAAAGAGUCAUUUUUGUUUUCCUUGAAAAAUCACCAUUGUCUGUCAUUCUUGUGUUUUCCACCAAUAUGUGUGCUAGAGUGAGUGUGUAUCAAGGAUGCUUUCAUAACAUGCUUACUAUCAAAUUUCUAAAAGAAGCCUAUUAAAGGAAUAAUUCUUUCAGUAUAGAUUUGAAAUCUUAAUGUUUCUUCUAUUUAACAACGAUAUUAAUUUUAACAACUAAAAACUCUCAUUUGAUCUUGUAGAGAACAUAAUGGAUUAUGCAAGGGACUCGGGAUUGCUCACGAGAACUAUGUCAGAUUGUUUCUAAUAUACAGAUAGUGAAGAUUGCAAAAUAUAGUAAAUUGUAUUUUACUAUUAUAUGUGUAUAUUUUCAACACUGCCUUCGUCUGUGCCAACAAGUGCACAGGUACCGAUACCCCCAAAUGCUGGGAGUCCUAUAAAGUGUUAUCUUGGAACAAUUAGCAUCUUUCAUGCUCUUGUAAUUGUUUACUUCUGAAGUACAUAUUGGUGUUUACCUAGAAAAACAUGUAUUAUUUGUAUUGUGUACAUAAAGCAGUACUUGGCUGUUGCCUCAUGGGGCAUGUUUAAUUCCUGUCAAUGUUUAAUGUUUAUAAUCUUCUCCUGCUUGUGCUUUCUACUCCUGUCCUUUACUGUACACUCAGGCUUGGGGUAUGUAACCAAAAUGUGCUUGCCUUCCUCUGGCCACUGGCUGCAUGUAUACAGGAGCAGUGUUAUUCUUCAGUCCCUGGGAUGGGCACAGAGACGUGCACACAGUUGUACACACACGUACGUACACACACGGGAUAUAUGCUUCCAUAAAACUUGAGUGCACAUUAGUUGUCCGAGUGCUCAUGAGUUUUCAGUGUUGAACUGCAGAUAGUUUGAAGCAGGCAAGUGUUUUGGCCAGCAGUCUUGGAUUAGUAAAAGGAAGUAAUUAUUCUUUCUGAUUCCCUAGUUCUUUGCUGCUCAGAGUACUGUACCUUUUUAUAUAUUAGAGUUGGGUGCCUUAGGUUUAAAAACUAUUUUUAUACACUAGCUCUUUCAUACAGAAGGCAGAGACAAUCAUCCUAACAAAUGAGUUUCUGAUAUUUUUCUGCACAAAUGUCACAUGUUGAAAUACUCUUUUACAGCUCCAUAUAAAUGUUUGCUAUAUGAAUAAACUUUGCACAAGUAAAUAAAUUUAACACAAGUUUUCUUUUCGUUAUAAUAGUAAAAAAAUGUACUGGUGGUGGUAUGAAGGUGACACAAAUUGUUAACCAAGCUAUGAACACAGGUAAUCAGCAAGUUCAAUAAACAAUCAAAUCCUCUGA